UACGAGCUCCAGUUUUCCAGAAUUUUCCCAGGCUGACCUUAUUAAAAUAGGAGCAAGUGGGAAGUGGGAACAAGUUGUUUGCUGAUGUCAGUCCCAGUCAGUUCACAGAGUUCACAGAAUUGCAGCUGUCUGUCAGUUGCUAUCCACACACAAAUUGAUCGUGUCAUCAGCUAUUCUAGUCUUGGUUAAUUUUUAAUUUUAAUGUUUCUCUUUGUCCAAGUUUGUUGAUUAAUCUGUUGAUUGUUUAUAAUUAUCAAACAAAUAGUAUUAAAAGUUGAUAAAUAUUUCAUUGUAAAAUUGCAAGGUUAUGCUGUUUACUUGCUGUCAAAUAAUCAAAACAAAAUAACAAGUUUUUUUAACAAAUAAAACAUUUUAAUUGAAAAAUAAUAAAAUGACAACUGAUAAUAGUGUAUUAUUUAAUCUAGAUGAUAUUAAAAAAAAUGUCAGAUCAGUAUUUUAUAAAAAACCAAUAAAAAAAGAUAAUUUUAAUUUAAAUGUUGAUAAUAUUGAGACACCACAAUCAAUAAGAAGACAACGUUUAUUACAACAUCAAAAAGAAAAAAGAAAUGAAGCAUUUGAUGCUCAUCGUGUUAUAUUGGAGGAAGCAUUACAAUCUGAUGUUGAAGAUGUUGAAGAUAUUGAUGAAGAGGAGCCAAUGGAAGUACAAUUGCCAAAAAAACAUGGUAGUAGAAGAAAGAAAAAAUUUUAUGCAAAUAAAUUAAUGAUGUCAGAGUGGAUGCUUGAAGUACCAGAUGAUUUUAUGGAUCGUUGGUCAAUGAUGCCUUGUCCAAAAGGAAGAAGAAAUUUACUUGUUGCUUCAAAGGGAAGAACAGAGGCAUACAGUAGACGUGGUGAUAAAUUAUGUGAAUUUAAUUCAGCUUUACCUGGUGGUAAUGGACAAGAACAAAAUAGAAGAUGUACAUUGUUGGAUUGCAUAUGGGUUGCAAAAGAUAAAACAUACUAUGUUCUUGAUGUUUUAGCUUGGUCAAAUCAACCACUGCUAAAUUGUGAUGCUGAAUUUCGUCAUUUUUGGCUGAGAUCAAAACUAAAUGAAUCAACAGAACUCAAAGAAAAUAAUACAAGUCAAAAUAAAUAUUCAAUUUUGUCAUUACCAAGUAUAUCAUGUGAUGAUGACGUGAGUGAUUUUUUACAAUCAAUAACAUCACUGCCACCACUUGAUGGUUUAUUAUUUCAUCAUCGUGAUGCUGAGUAUAUGAGUGGUACAACACCACUUGUUACUUGGCUCAAGCCGUUUAUGUUACCCGAAGUAUUGGGUAUAUUUGUUCCAUCACCACUUGAUGAAAAACCAGAAGGUUAUAUUGAUUUUAAAAGUCAUAUUUUGGAUAAAAAUAAAAAUAAAAACAAGACGUAUCAUGAUGAUAGUGGACAUGCUGAACAACUGAUGGAUGUUGUUGCCAAUGGAGAUGAUAAUGAUGACACAAUUUUAGCUGACUGAUUUUAAUUUAAUUUUAAUAAUAUAUGUAUAUAUAUUUAUCUUGAAACAAAUAAAGUAUCUAGAUGUCAAAAUUAUUCUUUCU